AUGGCAGCUAGGAUCCCAAUUAGCCAGGUUUCGGCCAGGCUCGCCCGCCGCCAGCCCAAGAUUUUCAACAUCUCCAAGCGCUUCCAAUCUUCCUCCGCUCCCCAGACCCAGAACCCCGCCUAUCCGCUCUACCCCUCCGUCGCCCAGCUCCUGCACCAGAAGAACGUCCCCGAAUCGGAAGUAUCCAAGAUUCCGGCCUCAGGACCCAAGGGCCGCCUGCUGAAGGGUGAUGUCCUGGCCUACCUUGGCGAGAUUGCCGCCGAGUACCCGGCCUCGCAAGCCGCGAACCUCGCCAAGCUCACCUACCUGGACUUGAGCAACAUCAAGAUCGCCGCGGCACCGGCCCCUAAGCCCGCGCCGGCCGCGGAGAAGGUUGUUGCCAAGCCGCCGGCUAUGGCUUCGGUGGCUAUCUCCAUUUCACUAGCUGAGGUAUUGCGCGCGCAGAGCAAGAUCGAGCGCGAGACUGGUGUGUCGAUCCCUCUGUCUCGCUUCUUGGCUGUGGCUACGGACCUGGCCAACGACGAUCUGCCUCGCUCGAAGACCGACCCUCGCUCUGUCGACGAGCUCUUCGAUGAGCUCCUCGGUGCCGCGCCUAUCAACACAACUCGGGGCGAUUACAUUCCCGAAUUGAACGCCUUCGAGGCUCAGGCUGCGCCCAAGCCGGUGAAGGAGGAUAUUAUCGACUUCCUUACCGCCAAACCCUCCAAGAAGACUACUUCUCCAUCUCUGCCACCUUCUGACGGCGUUGCCAGCAACGUCUUUAGUUUGACUGUUCCCAAGGACGAUGAGCCGCGCGCCAAGGAGUUCCUGGAACGUAUCAAGAUUCUCCUGCAGUACGAGCCCGCCAAUUUGGUGCUUUAA